AUGAGGCGUGCGAUUUCCACGCCGACCGUCUCCACCACGCCCCACACCGCGCCCUCGGCUUCCUCAUCUGCAUCCAUAUCCGCGACUACUGACUCCAAUUCUCUGGCUGUCCAAGGCCUCCCAAACCGCGCAGUCGGACCUUCAGUCCUUGUGGACCCCGCGACUCAACACCAUGGCGUGAUUGUUGCUGGGAGCUACGGGUUGCGAGCGCAUUGGAGGAAUGUGACGGCACAAGGGCGUCUUUGGUACCCUGCCUCAAAGCCUCCAUUCAGCACACGCACUCCGCAUCUGCCGUUCACGCGCACUUCCCAUGCGCCCAUUCUGGAUAUCUUUACGCGUGCGGCGAAUUUCAACGACGCCGUCACCUUGCAAACAGACUUUUUCACAGGACUGCUAAGACGGGGAAUUCGGGAGCAGCCGAAUUGCUGGCGCGAGCCACCGCACAGAUAUAAUUUGUAUGGAAGACUGAAGAUUUGUGUGGAAGACGCACGGAUAGCGCUAGCAACCCGCUCUCACCCGUUGUGGACAUCAGUUGCAGAUUUUCCACCCACGAGUCCCAAAACGGCCCCAGGCCAGUCGGAGAGACAUCGGCGAUUGGAAACUUCAGCUGCAGGUGCUUGGAAGAAUUGCAACGAAUGCGAGAGCGACAUGGAAGAGGUAGGAUGGAUCGUCGAUUUGGAGUUACAUCCAGAGACUACGUUUUGGAAAUGGUUCUAUGCGUAUCUUCGUAGGCGCUUUAGAAUUCAGUCUCUAGAUUCUAGGUCAGCCGAGAAUACCAUUAUCAAUUUCCGUAGAUAUCAUUCUGACAAAGAGCCCCCAACGAAACGCUAUUGGAUGCACUCCCUUCCAGUCACAUAUUCUUCCUCUUUCGACCGCGUGAAUCUGACCUUAUCUCAUCUCCAAUCAUCCUUCACCGUCCUUUGGGGAAUAAUUGAGGAUAGCAAUUUCGUUUACAUACACACGGGUUCAGGAAUGAGAUUAAUGCAAGGUGUUACUGAAGCAGAGAAAUCAGCAUUCAGAUGCCCUUACGGAUUAGUAGUAGGUGGAAUGAUAAGCCCAGACUUUGUAACUCUCGACACCAAACUAUUAAAAUUCUCCAACCAACCAGGACAAUUCAACAGUGAUGGCCAAUUUCCCCGACACGGCACAAACGCCAUCAAAUACUACAAUCCGCCCUGUUAUCCACAUACGAGUUCCACGUACCUGCAACAUCAUUCAUUUCGCAAUACUCAAAGCUACCGAUAUUGGUCGGCGACGUAG